AUGUUGAUCUCUAAACGUUCCUUCCGGGAAAAAGAGGAGAUGACAAAAGCGAUUCAAGAGGUGACAGAAAAACUGACAACAUGUACAAUUCCAGAAAUGAUCACAGUGAUGCAGGAGAAGAUCAAUGAACCUUGGAAUGGUUUAAGAGUUGAUUUAUUUCAUUAUAUCUCUGUCUUAAACAGAAUUGACCAGAUCAUGGAAGACCAUAUUGAGAAGUAUGAUCUUACUGCUGACUAUCCAAAGCUUCGACAUGUUGAGACAGAUGAUGCUUUAUUGAUUAUCACAUGUCUUGAUUAUAGUUACUGUUUGCUUGAGUAUAGCAACAAUAAGAGCAUAUACAAUUCUGCUGAACGUAUAUAUUCACUUAUCAUGUCGACCUCUUUGGACAUCCGCCUUGAAGCUCUUAAAACCACAUGUCUUCUAUGCGAGAGAUUCUCCACCUCUGAGAGUUCCUGUUGCUCUGUUCCAUCCAAAAUAAAAGACGUUUUGCUCAAGCUAGCCAAAUGCUUCCCACCUAUGAUUACUUCAUCUGAGGCUAAUGAAUUGUUGGCCCAUCACGGUGAUAAGAUAAUUGCAAAGGCACAGAAAACAAAUCGUCAUUCCAAGUCUAGGCGAUAUUCGCACGCUUUGAGACAUGUAAGCUUGCUUGAUUGUCUGAACCCCAACGCAUCUACUCCAUCGGAAUGGCAGUGCCUUGAUUUUGAAUAUUAUAAUGUGGCAACUGUCAAAGUAGUCGCUCAAAAAAAGAUCGAGACUAAGACCAAUAUCGGUUCUCCGGAUACUCUUAAAUUUGAUACAAAGCUGGAGAUGCGCAAAGCUAAGUUUAUUAAUCAGGCCAAGAAUAAUGGAGAAAGGCAUUUGCAAUCACCCUCUCAUUCGAUUUCAAACGCUUCAAGUGCUUCCAAUGCUGCCGGUGUAACUCCAUCUUCAUCUUCUUUGCAUGCCAAAGUCAUGGGUUCGCAAAGCGAUACUUUCCAAGAGGGAUUACAUUAUUUCCACUUGAAUUCUGAUGCUGUUCGGAAGAUGUCUUAUCAACAGAUCUAUGAUCGGGCCGAAGAAUUUCUUCCUAAAGAGAGGUGGUCGGAUUUUGUUAUUGCGGUAUACGUAGCCAAGGCAUAUAACAGCAAAUCAUAUUCAUGCUUACAGUUACGUGAAAAAUUGGUCACUAUGAAAUGCCUCGCAGUAGCUGCAGCAUCGUCUUGCUGCUUUUAUUCGGUGUUGGCAAGCACAGUGUUUGAUGAAGAGCCUUUCCUUUUGAGUUACAUGUCUGAUCUUAUUAAUCCCGACAAUACUGUAUCGUAUGAUCCUUCUUUUGCUAGCUUGAGAGCAUUUGUGAACAUAUCGGGAAAGAAAACUGGUGGUUCUGAUUUGAUGAGAGCAUGGGGUGGGAAUGCUUCUCAUGGUCUACUCUUUCAUUUACUAAGAUCAAUUCUUAAAUCGGCCAGAGAGGAUAAAAUAGAUAUGACUAAGACAUAUUUGAACUACGUUUUCAAUUUGGUCGCUAACUUUAUUGACAACAAAAGAUUGGUCAAUCAUCUUCGGAGUGCAGGACUUUUGAUCAUUUUCCUUGACUUCCUUAAUUUGAGGACUAAUUUCCGCAUGACCAGAUCUGGACCUUUACACUUGAUUGAAAUAUUUAUUCGUUCUUGUCCAGAUGUGGUGGACGACUUUAUUGCUAAUGAUGGAUUCAAUGUUUUGAUAAACCUAUUACAAUACGAGGUUGAUUUUGCGAUAAAUGAUCCAGACUUUGAUGGUGGUUCUCCUAAGAACUGCGACCUUUCCUUUGCAAUUACCGUUAGGCAGGUCAAAACGAUCAAUUUUUUGUUGAAAUUGAUCAAUGACUUGAUCACAAAUCAUUCCGGGGACAGAAUGAGAAACCUUUAUGAUUCUUCGAUUUUACAAAGUUUCAUCAGAAUACUGAGUAAUCCAUCUAUUUUUGGUUAUGAUUUAUUGACCAGCACAUUGCGAAUCAUCGUUGGUAUCAUUAACAGCGAGCCAACGGCCUAUGCGAUUCUUGAGGAAGGCGGCGUAAUAGAAAUAUUUUUCCAGCAGUUUGAUACACUCCUUGGAAAAUCCGGCGAUUUACUUCUUGAGCUUCCUGAUACCAUCAGUGCUAUUGCUCUUAAUCAUGGGGGGCAUCGCAAGAUCCAAGAGUUGAGCAUCAUUUCUCGGUUCUUUGGAAUAUUUAGGAAUAACGAUUUGUGCCAUGAACUAUUAAAAGACGAUAACAGUUUGGCGAUGGGCCAAGAAAUAGAUGAGCUCGCACGACAUCAUCCCGGCUUGAAGCCGGCUAUUGAGGAACAAAUCUUAGGACUUCUACAUGAUAUUCCUAACCUCACUCAAUUCCCCCAAUCGGAGUUUUUCCAGUCUCCUCAAGGUUCGCUUUACAAAUCAUCUAAUGAAAACGUUAUCGAAAAAGAAGAAGGUUCUGAUGACAUGAUUACCUGGGAGACCUGCAUCGGAGGAGAUGUUCUUGAAUGUACUGCCUCGUUUGUCUCGGUACUUUUUGACAACUCCAGAAUAUGGAAGAACAUUUUCAAGAAGGUCAAAGUGGAUGAUCUCUUGAAAUUUAUUACUGUCAAGAAUGCACCGUUUGACUUUGUUCUCUCCACUGCACUAUACUCUAUCAGCAGUGUCAUCAUGUCCAUUGACCAGGAAGAUCAUUGCUUCUCAUUAGAAGCCCUUGUCAAGACAUUAGGACGUGCGCUAGAUGAUUUGCACUCUUUUACCUACUUUGAGGAUGAUAGCACAUCCUUCUUUGAUCAAUUUGAUCUGAGCCAGGAUAUAAGUAUGCCCUUCUCUACGGCGGCUGCCGAGGCCGGAGGUGCUGUGCUAUCUAAACUUGGCAUUGUGAACUGUUUGUUAUAUAUUAUCAGUGAUGUUUAUGCAUCACCAAACAAGCUUGCUUCAGGUAAGAUUCUUUCAUUUGUUAAGGUCUAUGCUUCUGAACAAGGUCUUGAUUUAGUGAAGGAAAUGCUUCUGUUUUAUAGGAGGGUUGCUUUGGAAGAGGUUAUAUUACAUUCUAGAACUCCGGCUGAUGCCGCUAAGAACGUCAUAUCAGUUAACCAGGGCAUCACUCGUUAUCAUAUUGAGAUUGGGCACCCAAACGACAAAUCCGCUUUCUGUGCAGGCAAUAGUGCUAAGUUUAAAAACGAGUCAGCCCUAUUUUUUCAUUUCUCUAGAUGUCAGUCUUGGAUGAGAUACAUAUUUGCUGGCCUAUGUCGUGUGAGCAAUGACAGACGUCAAGACAGCAAGUUUGGUAUGUGCCCUAAACUUGCUGCGUCAAUUCUUCUACAGUACACGAACGUUACUGUUGAGACGUUAACCAAUAUUUCCACUCCUAACCUUGAGAUUGAGUGUGGAUACAUGCUACUGAUGCUUAAUCAGCUCUACUCAACUCUGUUCAUGAGGCCGCGCACUUCAGAUCCAAUUAAUGCAGCUAUGGUUAUCUGCCUUCUUCAGAACAAUGGUUUGAUUGUAAUGCGGAACUUAGCUGUUAAGUAUUUCAAACUUCUCGAAACGUUCCCUCACGAUGAAGUUGUGAAAUAUGCUGAAUCCAAGUACGUGGAUAUAAACGUAUGCAGCACUACCAUUCUACUUUUAAGUCAAAUCUUGAGCAUUUAUUCUGGUGUGACUACAAAAUCGAUGAUAUCAUACAUUCCUGCUCAGGAGCGACUCUACCCCGAUUUGGCCAAGGAUUUGACCGCAUAUUCUCAUGAGUUAAGCUAUUCCAUCUUAGUGCAGACGUCCCUUGCUGGUUUUGGCUUGCUCAACGAACUACUCCACUCUGAUUGCUGUCAUAUUCUAGAUCAAAAUCCACAUAAUAUUCCUGUUCUUUUGAUUGAGAAGCUCAUCGUGGUGAGCAAAAAUUUCUAUACUGCUGUUUCAACUACUCAGUCUCAUGUCUUUGAAGGUAGGUUAUAUCCUCUUUCUUUGAGAUGUGUAAGCCCUUCAGACGAUAAGAUAGAAUACUUGUGCCUAUUGGGUCUAAAUCGGACUGCAGCCACUGAAUUUCUUAUAUUCUACAGAAACUCGUUGGACGCAUUAUAUGCUGAUGAGCCUGGCGAGUUAAUCGAACAGUUUGAGGAUACCAUAUCUGAUGUCGACUGGAAGGCUGUGUGCACUAAAGCUCAGCAUACUCCGUUUGUUCCUGAGCAUCAGGAGCCUGCAGCACCUCAGUACAUGCACGCAUGUACUUUGGAUGAUCUAAACUUUUCUAGGGGUGCAAACGAGACAAACUUCAUUGACUAUUGGAUCCAGAUGGCUCAACUUUAUCCUAAAGCCACUUUCCGUAUUUCUGAUCUCCUGCUCAGCGUUUGUUCAAAGUCUUCAUAUCUGUUUUUCACUGAAGUCCUUAAUUCGGUAUACAUCAAUAUUUGCUCGUUCUCGUUUGAUACUGAUCCCAAGAAUAAAGAGCCAUCCGAAAGGCUUUCCAGCAUGCUCCAAUUACUUUCUUAUCUCAUUGAUGAAAAUUCCAUUAACAAAUAUCCGGAUAUUAAUGAGAGCAUCAUAUCUGGAUUGGUAGAGCAUGUAAGUGCAGAUGCGGUAGGUGCUGUUUGGUUCCCAAGUCUUUUAAUGGUGUUGGAAAAGUUUCUUGCCCAUAGCAAGAUGCCAAAAACUCCUGAUGUUGAUAAGAUUGGUAUAGAGUACAAACUGUCUCAGGCAUCGGUAACCUUUGUUAAAAAUUGGUGUAUGAAACCGGAUCAAGAGGAGGAACUGCUUCAAAGGCUAUUGCGUAUUUCCGCACUUGAAAGUUGCAAUGUGGCUGCAUCGGUUACCCGUAUUAUGAUCCUACUUUGCGACAACUAUGAGCGUUGCUCAAGAGUUUAUGAAUCAUCCAUGUUGACCUUGUUGGUUGAAUGUAUUAAACGAUUCACCGAUGAAUCGACAAAUCUUCAAAGCCUUGUAAUCAAUCUUUUCAGAAGAUGCAUGGAGAAUAAAGAAACGAUUGAAGCUUAUAUAAGUCGUGAAAUGGAUCGCGCUAUCAUGCCUAAGAAGACAUCUAAUCAGAAGAUCCGUGUUCGUGGCCUUCCGAGUGUCAUUAAGGAAAACGCAUCUUUGGUAAUUCGAAAUGAUGAUGUUUUUAUUGAUAUAUUGGCUGAAAAGUCGAUUCUUUAUCAAUGUACCAGGCCGUUGAAUAACAUGAGCAUUAUUGGGAUGACACCAAAGCAAAAGAAAUUUAUUGCUGCUAAUGAUCUAUCCAUAAAAGACACUGGGAAGGAAGCUAAGGUUCCGUAUAGUACGGGAAUUAUGCAUACUCUUUUAUCCGAGUUGAUGGCUGUCAGCAGGAGAGACCUAACUACCACUCCACCUGAAACAACAGAAACUGUUGAAGAUUCUGGCAAAGUUGAGGAUAGAAAAGGAGUUCAUUCUUACGAUGGCAACACUCGUGCCAAUUUUUAUUCCAAGGAUGACAUGUUUCAGAACAAGGAUCUUGCAUAUACUCUGUUCUUGAUGCAGACCAUUUCAGAAUUGCUCUUUUCCUAUAAGCAGGCUAAGACUGAAUUUUUGAUGUUUUCGAAGAAGAAUGUGGACCCUCAGGCUGUUGGCAAACCCCGCUCAACAGCUUUGAACAUUUUGGUUCACCGCCUUAUAUUAUCAGAUCCGUUUAGCAAAUCAUCUUCUGUUGAAGCUAAAAGACGAAAACUCCUUUCUCAAUUUGCUGGUGUUUGCAUAUUUGCCUUGGUAUCGACCGUUCCUAUGAAGAAUGUAAAAUAUACUGAUCCACAUAUUGUCGAUCCCGAUAUGACAUUUGUCAGAAAAUUUGCUGUGGAUAUCCUAAUCAAGGCGAUCAAGAAUGAGAAUAGUGAUAAUGGAAGUGCUCUAAUGAGGUAUAGCAAGAUUGUAGAUAUAUUGGAUGUGGUUUGCAAACUUCUGGGUGACAGUUUUGAGUUGAGCCUCACAUCAUGCAUAGAUCUACUUGUCACUCGUCAUGAUGACUAUUACAUUGCCAAUGAGCUCCUCGAAAAGAAGUUUUCGUUUCUCCUAACAUCUAUACUGGCUGAUCUCGAUCCAAAUUUCCCCUAUACUGAGGAUAUUGCGGGAGCCAUAAUGAGGUGCUUAUCUGCAUUGGGUAGUAUAAAGGUGAAAGAUCAGGAAAAGUUCAAAGAUGGUCAACAACCUGGUGAGGGGGAUGAAGAAGUGCUAAAUGAUGAAGCAUUGGAGGAGCGUGAAGAACUGCCUGAUUUGCUUCGGAAUUCCACCUUAGGAAUGUAUGAUGUCGAUGAAAUAGAGAAUGAAGAAGAUGAGGAUAUUAGUGAUGAACUUUUGGACGAUGACGCUAUCUUGAACGAUGACGAUAUUGAGAUUGUGUACUCUUCAGAUGAUGGCACCGAUGGAGAUGAGGAAAUGCGGUCAUUACACGAUAAUAACGAUGACAGUUCGGAUGUCGAUAUUGUUUUUGAGGAUGAUGACGGCGAUUCCGAUCAUAUCUUGAACCAAAAUCGAGGAGUCGAUGAAGACGAAGUUAGUGGCAACGAGGGACGCUACAUUGAUGACAAUGAGAAUUUCAUGAUUGAUGUCGUUAGCGAUUCCGACGAGCGUUUUGAUGACUCUGAUCCUAUUAAUGAAGAUAAUGAUGACACUGGCAAUGACGUUGACAGAAGUGACGUCGUUCUCUCUGAUGAGGACUUUGAUCUGAUUGACGAUGAGCAGCUUGAUAUUGACAGCAGCAAUGAAGGUGUUGAUGAUGGUACGGAAAGUCGAGAUAGUAGCGAUGACGAUAGCGCUAUUCUCGAUGAAUGGAUUAACGAGCACGAGCAUGACGAUGCAGGCGGUGUUGAUCGUUCUACAAGGCGCAGUGGAUCUAGAAGUUUUCCAAAUAUCAAUGAGUUUGACGAUGUGUCUGAUGAUGGAGGUAUUAACUUUAAUCGAUUAUUCACAUCUCGCGCUCCUGAAGCGGAUAUUGGUUAUGUUCCUCGUGCAUUUCCAAGGGGAAAUUCUGACAAUCCGUUUUCUCUCAUUGAUAUAACCAACAACAGUUUUUCUAGGACAUACAAUCCGGAUGGUCCCGUUAUUCCGUUCAGUCUUGGAAACUCCGCAAAUAUGGGUAACGGUACUUUGAGUGACUUUCUCAGAGCUCUUGAGACACAUGGUACUGGACAAUCGAAGAGGAAUCAGCGGAUUCCAAAUAUUUUCUUGAAAUCCACUGUUCAGAGGUGGUUAGAGGUUGCCCAUCUAUACUACAACAAAACAAUGGUGAAAGAGUCAUGCAGGGUUAUUCCUAGCAUAAUCAACCGCAUUUAUGACAAGAGUUUGAAAAUUUCCGAGGAAGAAGAUCGCUUGAAACAAGAACGGUUGGAAACUUUACGGAAGACAAGAGAGGAGGAGGAGAGAAAGCGCAGAGAGGCGGAAGAAAAGUUUAGGGAACAUCGGGCUGCCGAAGGAAUCCCGAGGGAUGCCAUCUAUGUUACUAUUGGAGGAACACCUAUCGAUAUAAGUGGAACGGAUAUAGACCCUGAGUUUUUGCAAGCUCUUCCAGAUGAUAUGCGAGAGGAAGUAUUUACACAGCAUGUUCGUCAACGGAGAGUAGAUUCAUCAGCAUCGGGUGACCGUGUGAGAGAGGUGGAUCCUGAUUUUAUGGCCGCUUUGCCUGAUGAGAUUCGUGCCGAUAUCUUGAGGGACGAGUAUCAGACUACAAUCGAGACUCGAAGUAUGGGGAAUUUGGAUGAAUCUUACGAUGAGGAUGAAGAGAUAGCAGCUGUAGAUUCGCCCGUGGAAGGAAUGGAAACUGAAGUAGACAUCAAGUCUAUCGAUAAGCAGAAGAAGAAGUCUAAGGUCUUCUUCCCUGCCAUGGCAGAUAAAUAUGGUGUUGCAGCUAUGAUGAAGAUGAUUUUUGUUCCCCAGUUGUACUACAAGCGAGAAAGUUUCUUCAAGGCGGUUUCGUAUCUAUGCUACAACAAGCACACUAGAAGUGAAAUUAUCACCAUGUUGUUAUAUAUCUUGCAAGAGGGAUUAAGAAGUCAGGCGUCAUUGGAACUUCUUUAUUAUCAUUUAUGUCAACGGGCAAAAGUAUCGUCUGCAACUGCUGCAGCUACGGAAUCUUCUGUUGAUGCCUUGAAGUCCUCCAUCAGGUCAAGCCAUAUCUCUGACCCAAGCCUUAGCAUUAAGUUUCCUGUUGGAUGCACCACGCUCACAGUGGCUACACAGGCCAUUGAUGUUAUACAGUAUCUUUUGGAGAAUGAAAAUCACAUGAGAUUCCAUUUUUUGAUGGAACAAGAGAGUACUUCUUUUAUGAAGAAAGUGGCAAAAAGACACAAGGUCACAGACAGCAGUUAUCGAUACCCUAUCAAUAUAUUGUUGAGUUUGCUUGACGAGAAGCUUAUUAAGGAUGACUCCAAUUUGAUGGAUAUUCUUUCCCGCUCUAUCCAGAUAGCCAGUAUGCCAUUGAAAGCUAUGAAGGAGAAAUUGACUGAAUUGGAUGAAAACAAGGAUGAUCUAUUCAGCAGAAAGCCUCAGUUACCAGUGGUUCCGGACAAAAAUUUAAGGCUUGUUGUGGAUAUUUUGGUAGCUGACGAAUGCGCUAGCAAAGUGUUUCAACAGACUAUAGCCACGAUUCAGAACAUGUCGACGUUGAGCAAUGCCAAGGUUAUUUUCCCGCACGAGUUGUCCUCUAAUGCGACCGCUCUAAGCUCUAAGAUUGCUAAGGACUUGAGGCUCCUUAUUGAUGAAUUGCGGAAUCAUAAAGGCGAUGUUGAUGAUAUCAAGUAUUUGGCAGAAUUUUCAUCUGCAUCAUCCGAUCAGGCAAAACUUUUACGGGUGUUGACAGCUUUGGAUUACUUGUUCCAAAGUGAAAAUGGAAGCUCCUCAGAAACUGAAGAGCUUAAAGAACUAUACCGCACCUCUGCAUUGGGUCCUCUUUGGGGAGCCCUUAGUAACUGCUUGAAGCUUCUCAGAGAGAGGAGCGAUCUUGCUCAAGUUACGACCAUUUUAUCUCCUUUGAUUGAAGCUUUAAUGGUGGUGUGCAAACAUAGUAAGGUCGAGAGGUUACCGGUGAGAGACAUUCUUCGAUAUGAAGAAGAAAAGGAUCAUGACUUUUCAAAUGAGCCAAUUGAGUCGUUGUUCUUUUCCUUCACUGAAGAACAUAAGAAGAUAUUGAACCAGAUGAUACGAACCAAUCCAAAGUUGAUGAGUGGUCCGUUCUCUGUGUUAAUUAGAAAUCCUAAGGUGCUUGAGUUCGAUAAUAAGAGAGUCUACUUUCGACAGAAGCUUCAUAAAGAUGACUCUGACAAACCUGUAUUGAAUGUCUCCGUCAGAAGAGACCAGGUAUUCCUUGAUUCUUAUAGAGCGAUUUUCUUCAAACCACCGGAAACUGUUCGAAAGAGUAAUUUGGAAAUUGGUUUCCGUGGCGAGGAAGGUGUUGAUGCUGGUGGCCUAACUAGAGAAUGGUAUCAGGUACUUUCAAGGCAAAUAUUCAAUCCAGAUUAUGCAUUAUUUACACCUGUUACCUCUGAUAAGACGACAUUCCAUCCCAAUAGAGCUUCUUGGGUCAACCCAGAGCAUCUUUCUUUUUUCAAGUUUGUUGGAAUGAUUAUUGGUAAGGCCGUGUACGAUGGCUACAUGUUGGACUGUCACUUCACGCGUGCGGUUUUCAAGAGAAUUUUGGGCAAGCCCGUGUCUCUCAAGGAUAUGGAGUCACUUGAUCCAGAUUACUACAAGUCGUUGCUUUGGAUGUUGGAAAACAAUAUCACCGAUAUCAUUGUUGAAACGUUCUCUGUGGAAGCUGAUGAUUAUGGUGAACAUAAGAUUAUUGAUUUAAAAGAAAAUGGAAGAGGUAUUGCUGUGACGGAGAAAAACAAACAGGAAUAUGUUCGUCUAAUUGUGGAGUAUAGACUUCUAACCUCGGUUAAGGAUCAGAUGGACAAUUUCUUGGAAGGUUUCUACCAGAUAAUUCCUAGGGAUUUAGUGGCUAUUUUUGAUGAGCAAGAGUUGGAAUUGUUGAUAUCUGGUCUGCCUGACAUUGAUGUCGAUGACUGGAAAAAUAAUACUAAUUAUGUCAACUACAGCGCCUCUUCAUCUCAAAUACAAUGGUUCUGGAGGGCAGUUAAGUCGUUUGAUAAGGAGGAAAGAGCCAAGCUUCUUCAAUUUGCAACAGGUACCUCAAAGGUUCCAUUGAAUGGAUUUAAAGAGUUAAGUGGUGUCAAUGGAAUCUCGAAGUUUAGUGUUCAACGGGUAUACGGUGAUACGGAUCGAUUACCCUCUGCACAUACUUGCUUCAACCAAAUCGAUUUGCCCGAAUAUGAGAAUUACGAGAAAUUGCGUGCAGCUUUGCUACUAGCUGUGAGAGAAGGAAAUGAAGGCUUUGGAUUUGUUUAA